CUUGCUGUGUUUUUAAAUAUUGACGCGGCGCACACAGGACAGCCGCUAAUGCCAAUCUUGGGUGGCAACGAGGCAGUGCAGAACCAGAAAUUGUGGCAGGAUGCUGACUUGGCUUGCAUGGACUACGCAAUGGCCGCCGGCCACCAGAUUGCAAAUCUCAAGCUGCGCGCAGUGCAAGGUUUUCUCGCGCGCCAUAUUGAAGCAAAAUGUCUGAUUCGGCCCAUAUACUACUACAUGUACAAGCGCUACGCUGACACACAGAGCACCGAAUUACCCGUGGUGGAUGAGGGCAUGCAGUUUCAAAUAUACAGCACGGUGCUCGAGGUCAUGGAGCGCUCAUACGGAAGAGUUUUGCCGCUGCCAUACGUCAUGUACACCACGCUGUUUGCCAUAGCCUGGACCAACGAGCAAAUAAUCAACGGUAUUGUCAAAACUGCCACCGGAGAAAAUAUACCUGCCAACGAUGCUGCAUUGCUGCCAAAACCGCUGGGAGCCAAGGAUCUUUUAGAAAUUAUUGACUGGGAUUUUGCCGCUGUCAUUGGCCGUUUGCUUGCGCACCGGUACCAUGGCUUGGAUAAAAGCGAGGCGGCAAUGCGAGCCAAGCUUGGAGCGCUGGCGUUUGGAGUGGACACAUCGCAGGACCAGCCGUAUCCGCCCAUUCUUCCACUGCAAGACAUGCAAUUUCACCAGUUUGUCCACCAGUAUGUGUCGAUGAUUUACAUCAAGUGGCCCCACGGCUUUGUCUAUAUGGUCAUUGAUGAGGCUGUGUGUGCUUACAAUGUUAUUAUCCAGUCCAUCCGCGACCAACCGACCAGGGACACCAAGUAAUUUGAU